AGUCGUAGUCCCGUUGGCGCAUGCGCAUAAUAGAAACUAUGCCCUGUUGUGGCGCCGCGGCUGGAGAUGCUGCGACAGGUCGUUCUUUCGCGUCUAUGCCCACGGUUUGGAGGGCCAACGGUCUCUGCAGCGAGCGGCGGUCGCAGGGAGAUCGCUUCCGGUGUCCCUCCUUCGGGCAGCCCCUCUCCCAGAGCCCUAAACAUUUUCGACAGGGAGUUGAAGAGGAAGCAGAAGAAUUGGGCCGCCCGGCAGCCCGAUCCCAUGAAAUUUGACUACCUGAAGGAGGAGGUUGGAAGUCGGAUUGCAGACCGUGUGUAUGACAUAGCCAGAGAUUUCCCCCUUGCACUGGACAUAGGAUGUGGAAGAGGCUACAUAGCACAACAUUUGAAUAAGGAGACUGUAGGAAAGAUCUUCCAAACAGACAUUUCAGAGCAUGCUUUGAGAAAUUCCUUAGAAACAGAUAUUCCUACUGUGAAUAUUUUAGCUGAUGAAGAGUUCCUUCCCUUCCAAGAAAACACGUUUGACCUGGUGGUUAGCAGCUUAAGUUUGCACUGGGUGAAUGACCUCCCUAGAGCACUUGAACAGAUUCAUUAUGUCUUAAAACCAGAUGGGGUGUUUGUUGGUGCAAUGUUUGGAGGUGACACGCUCUAUGAACUCCGGUGUUCAUUACAGUUAGCAGAAACAGAAAGAGAAGGAGGCUUUUCCCCACACAUUUCUCCUUUCACUGCUGUCAAUGACCUAGGGCAUCUGCUGGGAAGAGCUGGCUUCAACACUCUGACUGUGGAUACUGAUGAAAUUCAAGUUAAUUAUCCUGGAAUGUUUGAACUGAUGGAAGAUUUAAAAGGUAUGGGUGAGAGCAACUGUUCUUGGAACAGAAAAGCCCUGCUGCACCGAGACACAAUGCUGGCAGCUGCAGCGGUUUACAGAGAAAUGUACAGGAAUGAGGACGGUUCCAUACCUGCCACCUAUCAGAUCUACCACAUGAUAGGAUGGAAAUACCAUGACUCUCAGGCAAGGCCAGCUGAAAGAGGUUCUGCAACCGUGUCAUUUGGAGAGCUAGCAAAACUAAAUGAUGUCAUGUCACAGGGGAAAAAAUAAUAAAUAUUUUAUUCAAUUGUAA